AUGAGGGCGUUGGGCGCCAACGUUGUGUUGGCCCCGCAGGUGGAGGGAAAGCCCGGCAACGUUACGCUCGCCGACGUGACUCAGGCCGAGAAUCUGGGCCUUAAACUGGUGGCCGACACCGGAGCUUAUUAUGUCAAUCAGUUCAACAACGACGACAACUCUAAGGCACACGAAGAGCAUACGGGCCCAGAGAUCUGGCGCCAAACUGGCGGCCAUAUCGACGUCUUUGUGGCCACUGUGGGAACGGCGGGAACUUUUGCCGGCGUUUCCCGGUAUCUGAAAAAGCAAAAUAAAGAUAUAACAUGUGUUGUGGUGGAGCCCGAGGGCGCUCAGGUCAUCAAAGGUGAUCCCGUGACCAAACCCUUGCAUGUGUUGCAGGGCUCGGGCUAUGGCGCGGUUCCCCAACUCUUCAAGUUUGACACAAUGGACACCACAGUCGGUGUUAGCGAUGAGGAGUCCAUCAAAUACAGGAAUCUGUUGGCCGAGAAGGAGGGCCUGUAUAUGGGCUACACGUCCGGCGCUAAUGUGGCCGCAGCUGUCAAACUGUUAUCGUCGGGCAAAUUGCCCAAAGACGCCUGGAUUGUCACUCUUCUCAACGAUUCUGGUCUUAAAUAUCCGGCCGAUAAUUAA